AUGGAUGAUUUUGUUCGCAACAAAUUAACUGAGUGGAAUCUCAGCAAGUGGACAGAAACAUUCAAAGAUCAAGGCAUUGACAAGGAAAGUCUUUACUGUCUGGGUGAUCAAGAAAUUGCUGACUUGAUCCCAACAGUGGGACCAAGGUCAAAAUUCAAGAAGAGACUCAAGUUGUUAAAGGAAGAACAAAACACAACAAAUCCGGAAACAGUUGAAUCUUCUGCUCAAUGUAAACAGGAGUAUGAAGAAGAAGAUGUUUCUGCUCAGGUUUGUCCGUCCACCAGCGACACAAGUGAUAAAGUAAAGAGAAAGUUGGAUCUUCAGGAUGAAUCCAGCCAAUCACCAGCAAGAAAACGACCACAUGACGAUAUACCAGGAUCAUACUCAGAAGAAAUCAUUCUGUCUGAUGUGAAAAACAUCAUGAGAUGUGUCAAACAGAAACUGCCUAACGAAGACAACAAGCUCAAUAAUUUCCUGAAGUAUAAUAUCAGGCAUUUGGAGACAGACAAGAGGGAGGUGGUCGGUGUCUUUGGCAAAACGGGGGCUGGAAAGAGCUCUUUGAUAAAUGCCGUCAUUGGAGUGAAGAACCUCUUGCCCUCUGGAAGUAUCAGUGCAUGUACCACAGUCAUGAUUAAAGUGGAGGCUAACAUGCAUAACUCAAAGUAUGAGGCACACAUUGAGUUCAUUACAAAAGAGGAGUGGAGAGAUGAGAUGUGGUCCUUGUUUAAUUUCCUUCAACGUAAUGUGGAUGAGGAAAAUGAUCAGGAAGAAGAUCAGGAAGAAGAUCAGGAAGAUGACGAUGGUUGUGAGGACACUGAGGAAAAGCUCUCAGCGCUGUAUGGAGAAGGAUGGAAAAACAAAUCCUCUGAAAACCUCAUGGAUAACAGAUAUUUCAAAGAAAUUCCAGAAUUUCUCCAGUCCAAGAAGAAGAUUCUGACAUGUGAAUCAGCUAAAGAGCUUUCUGCUAAAUGUGUCAAAUACACAAGAAGUGACUCAGAAGACGAAGACGCUAAAGAUGUGAAGAGGUGGUAUUGGCCACUGGUGAAGUGCGUGACUGUCAAGGUACCCAAUAAUAAACUUCUCCAGCAUGUCACACUUGUGGAUCUGCCUGGAAAUGGGGACCGUAACAAGAGCAGAGACCAGAUGUGGAAAAGGGUUGUUGAAAGUUGUUCUACAGUGUGGAUUGUGACCGACAUUAAUCGAGCAGCAUCAGAGAAGGAACCAUGGGACAUCCUGAGAGAUGCCAGUAGCCACAUGGGAAAUGGUGGCGAGUGUCAGAACAUUCACUUCAUUUGCACCAAAUCUGAUCUUAUUGAAGAUUCAGAUGAUCUUUCAGCAGCUGGUGUUCGUGCUUUCAUACUUAAAAAAAACGAGCAAGCAAAGAAAAAAGUGAGGCAAGAAUUCAGCAAACUAAACCAGGUUAAGAAACAUUUCAGUGAUGAAUGUUUCAAAGUGUUCACAGUGAGCUCCAAAGAGUUUCUAAGAAAGAAACGUCUACAGCAAGAUGACACUGAAAUACCAAAACUUCAGGAAUUCCUGCAAGAUCUCAAUGACUGGCACUCGGAGACAUUAAACUAUGUGUCUAGAGCUCGAGGGAUUCUCUCUCUGAUGCACGGGGCGAGCCGUAGAGAAGGGGCUGACAUAAAGACAGAUGUGUGCAAAGACCUUGAAGAAGAGCUGAAGCAGGAGCUUGAUAAAGUCAGGAAACCAAUAGAAGAGACUUUUCAGGCUUUUGAAAAAUGCCUCAGUGAGGGGGUUGAAAAAUCUAAGAGUUCAUGUGAAAAAGACUUGAAGUCGGUCAUACAUCCUAAUAAGUCGGGUAGUGCUUUUCACAGUAUAUUGAAGUGUAUAGUUGUGAACAAUGGCAUCCACAAAACACAAAAAGGGACGCAAAUAAAUCUCAAUAUGAAGUUAACUUCAUGCCUGACUGACAGCAUUGAUGAGAAAUUCAAGGAGACCUUCCCAAAUGAAGGAAAACGUGGACCAUUCAAAGGAGUCAUCAAUAUGUUUUCACUUGGCAUAGAGAAGAUGAUUAGAGAGAAGAGAGAGUACAAAGAUGUCACACUGCAGCUGAUCUUUCUCAGGAUAGAGGAAGAAAAAAUAAAGACAAAACUCAACGAAAUCAUCCGUGAGCGUAAGAAAAUGAUCUACAGCAGUCUGACGACAACAAUCGAGAACACCAUGAAAGAAUGCUAUGAAGAAGCAAAAGAAAUCAAAGGACGGGACUCGCUGAAAAACAUGAGGGACACGAUUGUGAAGCACGUACAUGAUUCAAAGAACAUCAUGUUUGAGCAGGCUAAAGAUGAUAUGUUGAACCAGCUCAGAGACUUGAUGUUGGAGAUCCUGGAGACACUGGAGGAAACCAUGCAGGAAUCAAUCGAGCUGUCGCUGAAGACAGAAGGUGUCUCGAUCCCAGAUGUUACAGUGGAGCUUGAGAUGGUGAAGAACUACUACAAUGAACUGAUGGGAAGUCCAGAUACAGAAUCACUUCUCUGGUAAAACCUUUGUUAAAAUAUACAUAAUGCUCUGAUGAUGAGCACUUCUGAAUAACGCUCAUCAG